CUUCACUUUGGCCUGGGCCAUAGAUCAUGGCUUUGGUGUUGGUUCUCGCCUUGUUGGUGAGGGCGCUAAUUGUCAGUGGCAGUGACCAUGCGGUCAUGCUUGAGCGCGUGCAGCAGCACGAGAAAGAGCAGAGGAACGGGGAGCAGAGCUGGGUGGACAUGUCGGCUCUGCUCUUUACUCUGCUGCAUUACUGGAAGAUCUGGUUCUGUACGGGACUGUUUGUCUUCCUCUUUUGGAAUAUGUGGCGGUCCCUAAAAAGGAAGCAGCAUGAGGAAGGGGGACAGCAGGAACAGCAAGAACGGGAGGAACAGGUGGAAGAGGUGGAACGUGAGGAACAGCAGGAGCAAGUGGAAGAGGAGGAACAGCUGGAACGGGUGGAAGAGCUGGAACAGGAGGAUCAGGUGGAACAUGUGGAACAGGAGGAACAGGAGGAACGGGAGGAUCAGGGGGAACAGGUGCAGCAGGAGGAACAGGUGGAAGAGGUAGAACAGGAGGACGAGGAGGAAGAAUACUUCCAUCAUUCAGCACUGACCAGAUACAUUGCACGGCGUGCCUGGGAAAAGAUGCAAGGAAAGGCCACCAAGUGCGUGCUGGUGGAGGAGCUGAUGAGCGACCUGCUGCAGACCUACACAUUUGUCUGUUCAAACAGCUUCUACCCGGUGCUGCAGCCUGCCAUUGGGGUGGGCAGCGCCUUUGAAGGCUGGAGUCCCUGUGAGGAGGACAUUGUGUACCGCCUGCUCGUGCCCAUUAAGGCCCCCAUGGGCACGUCUUCCACCCGGAGCUGGCAAGGCAACCUGGACAUCUUCCUGAGCAGCCAGAACGCAGAGGCCGUCUUUACGCCCAGCACAACAUGGCCGCAGAGCUGCGCUGUGGCGGAAAGGAAGUACUUCGAGUACGUGGCCAGGACCGCUGGACCCAACAGCUGCCACCUGGUCUGCCUGAGGCUCUUUGCUCACAUCCUGGUGGGCAUGGGCUUUUCCACCUACGCCAUCAAGACUCUUCUCCUCCACCUCCUAGCCAUCAUCCCUUUGGAGGACUGGCGCAGGAGGCAUUUCCUGAGCCGGCUGGAGAAUCUCCUGCAGUACCUGCAAUACUGCCUGAACGAUAAAGCCUUCCAAACAGCCAGCCCGCUCAACCUCUUCCAGCACCUGGAGCAGGACCCGGACGCCCACUCCCGGGUGCUGCGUGACUUCAAGGAGCUGAAAGAUCGCCUCUUCAGACUGCUGCUGUUUGGACGCUGA